AUGUCUUUCAUUCUUGAGGAAGAAACUGUCCCGGAUGCACCUUCAGGCUUGGAGCAUGAGAGUUGGCUGGGUGGUCAAGACGAAGUUGCAGGCAGUGCCCUCCCUUACAAGGAUGAACAUGUAGCACAGAAGGAAACCGAGCGCCUGCGAACGCAGGUGACAUUCCUGUGGAUCUUCAAUGCGAUACUCCAGACUUCAACCAUCGCCAUUGCUGUGUGUGCCUCAACUUUGACCUACCGGGGCCAACAGUCAACGCGCUGGGUACUAGCCUUGACGCUAGUCAACUUUGUGAUUCUUGCGCUCGCCAUUGGUGCCGGGGCAUGGGGCAUGCGCAAAAAGAAUAGCCGCUUGCUCAAGCAGUCUUCAUCCAUAAUGAUCGCGCUCUGUGCGAUUUGCGUCUUCGAGUGGUGCUACGAACUCCUCUUUAUCCUAGUUUUUUCGCGGCGGGCGGGGAAGUGGCAAAAGGGUGGCCAGUAUACCCCUGAACAGAUCUGGGAAUUCAAUGCUUGGGUGUUUGGAGACAUGGCAGCCGAUAUGCUCUCUAUAGGCGUCUGUUUCAUCUCCAGUCACUACAGCUGGGAACUGGCGAAGAUGUUCGAGAUGGAAGAGCAGACAGAAGGGCGGAAGCUGAGAAGCUCAAGUUCUGCCUAUGGCACGUUCUGCCGAGACGAUAUCAGACAGGAUGUGCCGUCGCGCAUUACCAGGAUCUAG